AUGGCUAAAGAUAAGGAAAGACGAGAAGAAAGAGCCGAGAGAAGAUUGAUUCAUGAAGAUACCCAGGCUGCCGUGGACAUUCUGCGUGCUAUACAUCAAACAGCUGCGCCUCUUCGUCAUAACAAAUGGCGAAAACCAACCGCAGGGUUCACAAACAAAAAUAUCAAAAUCAUAGGCAAGAUCGGCGAGGGCGGUUUUGGAGCAGUAUACCUUAUUGAGAAUAUUGAGACUAAGGUUCAAUAUGCAAUGAAGACUCAGCUUAUAAGAGAAAAUGACGAUGAGCCAAUGAUGACACCCCCAGCGUGGAGGGGAGCCAAGACCCCUCCUGUCACACCUUCUUCUGAGGCUUCGAAGAUAUCCGCGAAAGUAAUGAAAGAACGGCAUUUAAUGACUAAACGGUUCAAUGAAACCAAAUGUUAUUUGCAGUACAUACGUUCUAGUCAUCCUUCUAUCUGCAACUUAGAAGCUUUUUUCGACUUAGAACAAGCAGAAGAUAACGGCCACUGCCAUAUCUUUGAGUAUUGUGAUUGGGGAAAUUUGGAAAACAUUGUGACGCAGUACUAUGAUAGACCACGCUGGGGCUCAGGAGAGCCCGAAGGUUCUGUAUGGACUCACAAACCAGAAAAUAUGCCAAAAUUAUACAAGCAUGCAGCAAUACCAGAAGCGUUCAUUUGGCAUGUCUAUAUGCAGACAAUGGAAGCUCUUAGUUUCCUUCAUGGUGACCACGAACUCAAUAAGAAACAAGAGUUCCACUCACGCAAUCAAGUUAUUUGCCUUGAUAUCAAGUUGGACAACAUAUUUUUGAAGGACUCUGGGAAACCAAACACAUAUCCAACUGUAAAAAUUGGGGACUUCGGAGAAGCCACCUAUGUGCCAUAUGGAGAGCAACGCUGGCAUGACACGGGAAACACGGUGUGCGGGGCGCCCGAAGAACCUUAUUUAAGUGCCAAAUAUGACGUUUGGUGUGUCGGGAUGUCAUUUUACAUUCUGUCGCACUCAGGUAGACGACCAAAGAGAACUGAAGUAGACGGAAAGCAAAAUAAAAAGGAGAAGCCGAAUUGGGGUUUAUGCGAUCCACAUCUUUCUAAAGUUUUGGCUAACGAGCUUGAAAAGCCAAGAGAAAUGGACGUAGAAAAGAGAUGGACUGCAGCUCAAAUAUUAGACCAUAUAAGACCAAUAGCUGAAGAUACGAUACGUUUGACGUAUAGACGUUUGCAAGAUUGGGCAAGACCGGAGUUACAGGUAACAUAUGAGGAAGGUAUUCUUGAACGGGUUGAAGGGGGAGAAGCUCUCAGUGAGAUUUCAGAAAGCGAUGAUGAAAACCAAAGAGCAAUUAGCAAAAGAGAAGGAGGCCAGAAAGCAGGAGGCCAGAAGCAGGAGGAGGCCAGAGAGAAGGAGGCCAGAAAGCAGCAAGCCAUGGUACAGCAAGCGAAAGAGCAGUUAGCUAGAGUGCAGCAAGCCGCAGAGCAGCAAGCCAAAGAGCACUCAACCAAAGAACAAUUAGCCAAAAAGCACUUAGCCACAGGGCGGAUAGGCAAAAAUCAGUUUGUCAGAGAGCAGAAAGCCAGAGAGCAGGAAGCCGCAGAGCAGCAAGCCAAGGUACAGCAAGCGAUAGAGCAGUUAGCUAGAGUGCAGCAAGCCGCAGAGCAAUUAGCCAGAAAGCAGCAGACCGAGGAGCAACAAAAGGAGCGGUUGAGAAAACAACGAGAAGAGGAGUCGAGAAAACAGCGAGAAGAGGGGUCGAGAAGACAGCGAGAAGAGGGGUCGAGAAGACAGCGAGAAGAGGAAUUGAAAAGACAAAGAGAGGAGGGCCAAGCAGGAGAAAGUCCAUCAAAUGCGCCGCCCCAGAAAAGGCGAUUGAUUAGAUACAGAAAACUCCGAGCUUACCGGGAAUGA